GUUUAAUAUAAAACCGGAACAAACAGAAGAAACCAAAGCAAAGCUCAGCAGCUGUUUUAGUGCUUAAAGUGUUUUAAGUAUUAAAAUAUAAAGUUUGUGUAAAACCGGAUAGUUUAAGGGACACUGACGAGCUUUUUUUUGUACCGCGGCUUGGAAAAAGCAAUGGAGAUGAAGAUGGCAGCAUAACAUCAGCCGAACAUCAAUAUUUUAUGUUUUUAUUUCAUUUUAAAGUUAUCUAUUUGAUUUAGUAAACCUUUUUAGUGUUUUUAAUUGUUUUGCGUUAUAAUGAAGGGCUCCCAUUCUGCUUUUUUGAGCCGAAGGGGCAGGCGGUACAGCGGGGCGGCCGGGCUGCUGUAUCCGCUGCUCGGUGCGUGUCUCUGGGCUUCGGUGGUCGGGUUCAAGCCGGUGGUCAUAGUCCACGGUUUGUUCGACAGCUCAGGGGAUUUUAACCAUUUACAGCAGUUUAUCAACGAGUCUCAUCCUGGAACAAAUGUUACAGUCAUCGACUUGUUUGACAGAAGUGCCAGCCUGGAGCCCAUGUGGAAGCAGGUGGAGGGAUUCAAGGCCGCUAUUUACCCAAUACUGCAAAACGCAGAAGACGGGGUCCACUUUAUCUGCUACUCACAAGGUGGGCUGGUUUGCAGAGGAAUCCUCUCCACUCUCUCUGACCACAACGUCCAAUCGUUCAUCUCUCUGUCCUCGCCUCAGGCCGGCCAAUAUGGAGACACAGACUACUUGAGGUACCUCUUCCCACAGUUGGUGAAGUCCAACCUCUUCCACUUCUGCUACACAUCAGUAGGUCAGAGGAUCUCCAUCUGCAACUACUGGAAUGACCCCCACCACAGAGACCUCUAUGUGAACAGCAGCGACUAUUUGGCUCUGCUCAACAGCGACAGACCCAAUCCAAACGCAACAGUCUGGAAGAAGAACUUCCUCAAAAUCAAAAAGCUGGUUUUGAUCGGAGGACCAGACGAUGGCGUCAUCACUCCCUGGCAGUCGAGUCAGUUUGGAUUUUAUGACGACAACGAGACUGUCGUUGAGAUGCAGCAUCAAGAUGUGUUUUUAAGAGAUGUUUUCGGUCUGAAGACGCUGGCGGCUCGUGGAGAUCUGAUCGUCUGUUCUGUUCCUGGCGUCGAACACGUGUUUUGGCACCAGAACGAGACGGUGUUCCACAUGUGCAUGGAGAAAUGGCUGGUGUAGAGCAAAACUCUUUGACGGCACACUCACACAGAUACACACACGGAGUUACACACCCUACAGUUUUAUAAGCUCUUAACUUCCACCAUGUAUGAAAGGCCACUUUAAAGUACCCUCGCAAGCAUUUGUGAGGAUGAAAUCUAUUUUUUUGGGGGAUUACAGUUCUUAGAAAUGACUUGAUAAUUAUACUCUCUGCUGGUGAGGUUUGUGUCUCGUUGAUACAUCUUGCUUUUCAUGUUAAUCCUCGUAACUACUAGGUCACUUUAAAGGGAAUAGUUUGAUAUUUUUGUAUGUAAACUUAUUUGCUUUCUUAGCUUCGUAUUAAGACGAGAAACAAAGGGAAACAGACAGCCUGGCUCGGUCCAAAGCGGACAAAAUCCACCUACCAGCACCUCUAAAGUUCACUAAUCAACAUGUUCUGUGUUGUUUGUUACAACUGUACAACAACUGAAGUGUAAAAGGAGGUUAUGUACCGCAGUGCCGACAAUUUCUUGGCUAGAUGCAGUUACGUCUUAUCGUCACAGUGAGGGUGUCAGGCAACCAGUGGAAACUCCAGGGAGAUACUGCUCGCAGCCAAGAAAUAAAACCCCAUAAACCACACGCACAAAUUAAACAAACAGGAUGUAAUGUGUUAAUUAGUGUGCUUUAGAGAUGCUGGUAGGCAGAUUGUUUUAACCUUUGGACAGAGUCAGGCUCGCUGUUUGCAUACUAACUGCUGACUGUUCAUAUUUAUUGUACGGACGUUAAAGUGGUAUCGAUCUUCUUCUUCUCUAACUUUCGGCAAGAAGCGAAUGCGUGCAUUUCACAAAACUGCUCCUUUCAUGAUCUCUUUUAGGCCGUGUUGCUGCUGUUGGACAAAUCCAGCACAUCUCUGUCUGUGUGCUGAAGAUAUUUUCUCAUAAAAUAAGCACAAGGCACAAAACGUCAGAAGCAACAAAUGUAUAUAAACUUGAUAAAGGUUUAACUAGGUUUGGGUUAAUACAGUCAGCAACGAUACAGCACAUCAUACAUUAAAGGAGCAGUCCAGCAAUUUAGUAUUGCAUUUCAGUAAAGUAUAGGGACUAGUGAGAGAGAAAGACUCCAUGAGGCUGAGUCCCUUUAAUUAGCAUGAAAGCGAUGCCCACAUACAUACAGUAUUUAUAUCCAUGUGUGUGUCUGUGUGUGUUUGGUCAGACAUACCUCAAAACACCACACAACAGUGCCUGAGCGAUGUUCUGUCAUCUUGUCUCCAUGUACAGACUCACUGCCCUGCUCAUCAUAUGAUGCAGUAAUUUAUA